UCCCACCCCCCAACUUGCCGACAUAAAAAUUCUAGCCAUAGUCUGUGGGAGCCUUUUAAAGAUGAGGAAUGAAUAGCAAGAUUAUGGGAAACUUCCAGAAAAUAGAGGCAGGAUGAUUGAAAGCUCUGCAGUAAUGAUGGAUUGGGAUGCACAGGAGGUCUGGAGAUCAAAGAGAACAGAUUGGAGGUUGAGGCUGGAGAAGAUUGCGAAAGUACAUUCCUCUUCCCAUAGGCUUGAAAAUUCGCUAAAAAAUGACAUCUUUGCUGGGAUUCCUGACUCUGUUGAUUGUGCAAUGUGCAGCAGUCAAUGCAGGCAUUCGGGAUGGCAUCACUGCUGACUUUUCUGUGAAGGUUUACCACCAUUUGCGGUCGAUAGAGAAAGAUGGCAAUAUUUUUUAUUCCGCCUUCAGUAUUGCUAACGCUUUGGGAAUGGUUGAGCUUGGUGCUGGCGGUACAACUCUUGAGCAAAUUCAACAUGUUAUGGGCUACAAUUACAUGCAAAAAGGUGAGGAAUUUGACUUGUUGUGGGAACUCUCUCAGUCCAUGAAAGCAGACAGCCAGCAGUAUGUAAUGAAGCUUGCCAACUCAUUGUUUGUGGAGAAAGGAUUUCAACUGAGUGACAAGUUCCUUCAAAUGCUGAAGAAAUAUUUUAGUGCCAGUGUUGAAAAUAUUGACUUCAGCCAACCUUCUUCUGUGGCUGAUCAUAUCAAUGAAUGGGUGCAGAAUCAAACCAACAAUAAGAUACCAAACCUUUUAUCGCCAAAGGACUUCAAUGCUUUAACUCGUCUAGUCCUCGUUAAUGCAAUUUACUUUAAAGGAAACUGGAAGUCUCAAUUCAGAGGAGAAAAUACACGCACAUUUCCUUUUACCAAAGAUGAUGAAAGUGAAAUCCAGAUAUCUAUGAUGUACCAACAAGGAGACUUCUAUUAUGGUGAGUUCAGUGAUGGCUCAAAUGAAGCAGGAGGAGUGUACCAAGUUUUAGAGAUGCCUUAUAUUGGUGACAAGAUGAGUAUGAUGAUAGUUCUCCCAAGACAGGAAGUACAACUGGCUACCUUAGAGCCACUUAUCAAAACUCAACUAAUUAAUGAAUGGGCAAGCUCAGUAAAGAAACAGAAGGUUGAAGUAUAUCUGCCAAGAUUCAAAGUGAUGCAGAACAUUGACUUGAAGGAGGUUCUGGCCGGCCUGGGGAUUUCGGAAAUAUUUGGUGUUGAUGCUGACCUCUCAGCAAUGAUUGCUACAGAAAAGAAGGACUUGUGUAUCUCCAAGGCUAUUCAUUCAUCUUUUAUUGAGGUGAAUGAAGAAGGUUCUGAAGCAGCUGCAGCCUCAGAAAUGAUUGCUGUUAGCAGAAUGAUGGUCCUUAAUCCCCAGGUCAUUGCUGAUCAUCCAUUUUUCUUUCUGAUCAGAAACCGAAGGACAGGUACCAUCCUCUUCAUGGGCAGAGUCAUGCAUCCUGAAGAUAUUAAUCCAAAUGGACACGAUCUUGAAGCAUUAUAGAUGCACCAGUUCUAUAAUGAUGAAUCACCUCAUAUAACAGCUUUUCAUUUUCAUAAGUUGUGUGUUUUGCAGUUAUUGCAUUUUUACAGUCUGCUAAUUUUUGUCAUCACUAGCUAAAGUAAAAAAAGAAUAUAACAAAGAGAACAUUUGUAGAAAAAGUCUAUGUAUUAAGCAAUUAAUUUUUGUAUUACUAUUACUGUACUGUCACCUUCAUUCUUUAAAUAAAAUAAAUGAACAUUGUUCCACA